GGCUGCAGAGCGGGAAAUCCCCGUUGAAACCUGCCCGACCGCGCCGCGGUUGUCCCACUGCAGUCUCGUAUUUGUCUUGCCCGUCAUCAUUCUCCGUCGAGUAAAGACCUCGGGUACGCUCGGUCGGCCAGUCGCUCGCUGGAACCGAGCUGCGAGUCCGAGAUUGAUAGCGGCGUAACGCGAUAUAUAAAGCGCCGGUGCGCCUCCCUUAAUCUCGUGUUCCUUAAAUCGGGAAUACGCGAGCGAUCGAUUAUCGCGCGAUUUACAGCACACGCGUCCCUCGUGAAUCAACGCACGUGCUUUUCACGCGUGUUUGCACGCUUUCCAUUUUCUGCUUGAUUCUUUUAUAUAUAUAUAUACGACUGCCAUCGCCACGUACAAAUAUAUUCGCGAAUGCGGCAGACGCGACGUGGUGCAUCCUCGUGAAACACACAUUAUCGUUGUCUGUUGAUAUUGUUAAUGAUAAGAUUAAGGUGAAAGUGUUGGUGCCGUCGCGUGAAAAAAUGGAUUCGUUUAAUAACUACGGCAGGAGCGACCUGUCAGAGAUGUAUUCAUCGUUCAUUAAUUUACCUGAAGAGGAAAACACUCAUCUACUGCUGGACAUGGACACACUGGUUCCGAAGCGGAGCAGUUUCUUAGCGAGCCGCGGUUGCGAGCCAGCUAAGAAGAAAUGUUCGCUCGGUAACGAGGGCGAGGAGAUCGACGGCACCGGAUGGUCGGACAAACCUGUCAAAAACUGGUGUCAAGAAGAAACGAUAAAUUGGCUGAUGUCAGCCGCGUCGUACAUGGGACAGCCUUAUAGCUCUAUCCAACACAGCCUUGCCGUACCUGGGAAGGAGAUCGUUACCUUUACGCGACAAGAUUUCAUCAACCACGAUCCCAUAUACGGGGACCAAUUGUAUGAUCUUCUUCACUCGCAACAUGGGUCAAAUCUAUUGCCGUCGUUUGAUACUAUUCAGCCACAAUCGGAGGACGAGUAUGCGCGAAUUAGUUCCAACAACAUAUCCGAUGCGGAAUCAGAUAAUAGCGUGGAAGUUACUACAAAGAGAUUACCUGGCAGACCGAGAGUCUUGAAGACCAAAAAAAAUCCUGCCAGUCAAGGAAAAUUAUGGGAAUUUAUUAGAGAUUUAUUACGUAAUAGAGAAACGUGUCCAAGUUUAAUUUGCUGGGAGGAUUAUUCACAGGCUAAAUUUCGUUUUGUAAAGAGCGACGAGGUAGCAAAACGAUGGGGAUCCCGGAAAGGAAAUACGAAAAUGACUUAUGAGAAACUCAGUAGAGCUAUGAGGUACUAUUACAAAAGCAAAAUAUUUUUGCCGGUGCUCGGUCGAAGAUUGGUGUAUCAGUUUGGGCCAAACGCGAAAGGCUGGCAAACGGAUAACCCAAAUUUCCGACAUUGAAAUGAUGGAAAGAAGAAAAAGAACAAAGGAUUCGAUAUAACGAAGCGACCUCGAUGUGUAAAAUUGACAAAAUGUACAAUUACAUGUCCCACGUGAUAUUCUUCAACGUUGCAAGGACAAUUGGUGCUGCUAACGUGCUCUACACGCUUGUACUACAAACAGCGCCAAGUAUGGCUAUAUUUUUCGCGGCCAAAGACGUAAUAGUGAUAGUGAGGCAGUCGUACGAAAGAUGGAAGGAAAAAGAUUCAAGUUUUCUUCUUUAUUUCAAUUUCUGCGUUUCUCAUAUUAAACACUUUGUACUUUAUACCGUGAUAUUGCUAUGUCUAUAAUGUUAUUGAAGACAAUAUUCCAUAUGAUAAUUAUGAUUGUGACAUCCUUAGAAAUAGUAUAGUAAUAUCUGCGAGGAACAGUGCCUAUUUAAAACCAGAGUAAUGUCGAAAAUAAAAUAAUAAAGAAAGGAUUUCUUUUGGGAAAUCACAAGAAAAA